UGCACUGCAAAUACUUCACAGUACCUGCAAAUACAAAUACUUAAUAAUAACUAAGUUACUAUUGAAGUACAAAUCAUGAACAAAUAUAGUACAUACUUAACAUAAAAGUUGCCUAACGAUGAACAAACAUAUCAGUAUUUCACUUGUGCUAUUCAUUGUUCCUUAAGUGGUUCAUUCAGUAGUACACAAAGACUUACAGAGUUAACAGACAUAGUAACAAAUAUAGUAAUUACUUGGGAUAAAAGACGCGUCACGAUUCAUUAAUCAGUAUGUAACUAAGAUUUAGCUUGUGGUUAAUACCUAAAUAAUAGCAUAAUACUACAUUACGAGUAUUUGUGCCCCCUCAAGUAAAGUGUUACCGAGUUACCGUAUAGCUGAAGAGUAAAAACUGUUUUAUAUCGGUAGGUGACAGUUAUAACAUGUUGUUAUAUAUUCGCAGUUAGGGGAACUAUAAGCGAACAGGCUGAGUCGGGCAGCGCAGCGCUGCGCCAGUCCUGUUUCCACAACGGCUGUUGUAGCCUACUUGGACUGUCAUCUGCCAGUAACAGAAUAUAUAUUGCAAAAUAUAUAUUAGUAAACAGAUGUAUUACAGCACGACAAUGUGUUUCUGCAACAAUCACAGUUAGAGCAUUAAAUUUUACUCCGGAAAUUAGAAUUCAAAGAUUUAGGCGGCGACAGACGCACUUGGCGGUGACAGAAACACGUUUCAUGUUUCCACUUUAUUGCAGAACACAUCUGUUAGUAGUUCAAACACCAAUAUUUUAAAUAAACACCACAUUUCCUAUUCAGUUGUAACAAUGUCACAAUAAAGAGUUCCCAAGAAGGACUGACUUUGGGGAUCAUUUGUGGUAUGGGAAGCGACUUGGAGGAAGGCAGUCCUUCCCCUAAAUUCAAGGGGCUGAGAAGAUGAAAGGCGGAGCUGCACACAAGUUAGGAGAGACAACUCAUGCAGGUCCUUUGUAACGUGCGGAAAACCCUGGAGCAGCGCACCUCCAGAGGGAGAUACAAAGUGUCGAGAAAAGCCAGUCGUCCUGUAAGUGAUUAAGGAUGAGUUAAUCGCAAUUUUAUUGUCAUUUUUAUGAGAACCGAUUUCAGUUAAAUUGGUUUAUGCUGAGCAGCUCGGGCUGUCAACGACAUGUAGGUGUCAAUGUUGUCGAGUAAGUUAAUACAAUAACUGUAAUUUAAGAUGACGAACAGCACCGGGGCACAUAGGACUAAAGACCCAACCAUACCUUGUAUUAUGUUUAUUCUCGGAGUGGUCGGUAACGUGAUCGCUAUUGUCGUGCUUUGCAAGUCAAGAAGGGAGCAAAAAGAGACCACGUUUUAUACCUUGGUUUGUGGACUGGCGAUUACUGACCUUUUGGGAACUUUGCUUGCAAGUCCGGUGACCAUAGCCACUUAUAUGAAGGGCUCUUGGCCUGGGGGAGACCCGCUCUGCCAGUACUUCGGCAUCAUCCUUCUCUUCUUCUCUUUGGCCGGACUCAGCAUAAUCUGUGCCAUGUCGAUCGAAAGGUACAUGGCUAUUAACCACGCGUACUUCUACAACCAUUACGUGGACCAGAGACUGGCGGGCUUAACCCUCUUAACCAUCUACAUCGUCAGCAUUUCAUUUUGCGCUUUACCCAGCAUGGGUCUGGGUGAGGUGAAGAAGCAGCAUCCGCAGACUUGGUGCUUCAUUGACUGGCGGAGUAACGUCAGCAGGCACGCCGCCUUCUCCUACAUGUAUGCGGGCUUCAGCUCUUUUCUCAUCCUGGCCACGGUGAUCUGCAACGCCUUGGUCAGCAGCGCUCUGAUCAGGAUGCACAGGAGGUUUGUCCGCAGGACGUCUCUCGGAAAGGAGCAGGGAGAAAGUACCGACCUUCGCAGACGGCGUAGCUUUCGGCGGAUGGCAGGCGCCGAGAUUCAGAUGGUCAUUUUAUUAAUAGCCACGUCUGCCGUGAUACUCAUUUGCUCUAUUCCACUUGUGGUAUUUGUGAACCAGCUGUACCAGCCACAGGUGGAGAUAAGGUUGGAGAAGAACCCUGAUCUGCUAGCCAUCCGCUUUGCCUCUGUCAACCCCAUCCUGGACCCCUGGAUCUACAUCUUGCUGCGAAAGACUGUACUCCUCAAGGUCAAAGAGAAGAUCAAGUGGCUCUUCUGCAAAAUCGGCAGCCGUCACAAGCAGCAGCAUCGGGAUGGUGCCCACUGCAUGGAUGGACAUCACCUCUCCUCCAUUGGUUCACGCAGCUCCUCCCUACUGGUGUCCCAGAGAGAACGGAAGGCGUCCUCCAGCACUUCACAGACGUUCCUCUAUAUCUCUGAUAAUAGCCACAGCUUCUCCUCUAGCAGCUUCAAGAUCGGUCAGGUGGGCUCUGCCUUUUCAGUGUUUCAGUCGUGAAUGCAAAGUCACAAGGACUCUGUACCCCCAGCAUCUCAGGGAAUAUGCAUUGUUACCAGUCGGACAUCAGAUUCAGAAAGCAUGGUUCCUGAAAUGAGUAAAACCUAAACAGACUCCAGAAACUUGGAAGAGUGCUUCUUCAUAUCAGCAACUGCUUGGUGAACUCACAAGAAAGAUGUGGUUGGAGAUAUAGUAUGUGCGAUGAGGAAAGGGAACUGGCAGUUUGGGAUGGUGCAGUGGCAAUCCUUGAGGAUGACAUGAGAGCAUCGGGAGUCCCUCAGACACAUAACCAUGGUGAUGGUCAGCAUCUCACGUAAGACAUGAUACCUCCGUGAGGUUUAAGGAGGAGAAGCUUUGAGCAUCUUUCAGUCUCAUGUUGUCUAAAAGGGUACCGUGUGUGAACGGAAAUGAGGAGACCCCUUCUCAUGUUCAGAUCCCGUGCCGAAAAUUUCUUUCAGUAGAGUAGCAGACGAUACAACAGUUAAUGUUACACUGUUCAUAUAUCAAUUUUUGCAUGCCUUAUGUUUAUUGUAAAAUAUCAAAAAGUUAUAUGGUGUCUACAUGAUACGUCUAAAAACAACAUAAAAUGUGUACAAUGUGAAGUCAGACUGUAGGCUUCUGCUGAUUGAAUAAGUAAAACACAAAAGAAAAUCCCAUCAUUGGCCUGAUUAUGACAUUCACGUCCUUAAGGACCCUAAAUAGCAGAAUGAGUCACGCUAAGGAGCUGCAAACGCUGCCCCCGCUGAUUGGAACCCCAGGCAUUUACAUAACCAAUGGAAACACUUCCACCACUGGCCAGUCAGCACCUCAUGGUGCGUUUGAUUAUCUCUCGGAAGUCGGAAAUUCCGAGGUGCGUGAUGUCAUGUCCGACCAAUCUCCCGUUUGAGCUACACAUCUCGGAACAAACAUGGCUGCCUCCAUGAACACGCUGUUGUGUGUUGUUGCUUUAUAUUUUAGCAGAUUUGGAGUGAGAUUCUUUUUUCCAAGAGACAAACAAACAAGAAACACGAACUAGUCAAACCACAUUCAAAGCUUUAUAAGAUAUUUGAGUAGAUACAUAGCGAUAUUCUUUUUUUGAACGGCAAACAAACUAUAAAUGUACUAUAACUAUAAAUUAUAAAUUACAUUUAUAACUAUUGAUACAUUUAACAAAGUAAACAUUUUUUAAUAUUUAUAAAACAGAAUUACUGUUGACUGUGUAAGCCACCAUGUUGAAAUGACGUCACAGGGGAAUCUCGGACAACAAAAUUCUGUCCGACAUCAACGUCGGAAAAGAGGCGUGUUUCCGACCGGACAUGACAUUUUUCAUGACGUUUUUAUCCGAGUUCCGACUCGGAGAGAGAUAAUUGAACACAGUGGGGCAGGAUGGUACAACUCCCACCCGCAGCCGCGACAGAGCCAAUCAGUAUGUGAUACACCAGCGUUUUAUACAGUGGCACGUUUUACCAUCAAUGAAAGUAUUAAAGCAUGGCUUGAAUAACUAUUCCACUAUACAAAUGUAAAACUAUAAAAUGAAAAAGUGAUGUCUGCUAAGCCAUUAAACAAUAUAAUAUGUCUUUUAUAAAUUAUGAUGAAAAUAUUUGUAUAAAUUCUGUCUGAUGGUAAGAAUAGACAUUUGGAAAUAUAUUUGGGGAAAAAAGAAUACAAUUAUCAGACUUUUCUCUGCAGGCACGUUUUUCCAAACAUUAGUAUGAUCUGUGAACUCAUCUGUUUAUCUGCUGAAGAUACUUUCCUUUUCCUCAGUCAAGGUGUUACAAGAAUUCUAGGAAAGUGCAAAAAUGAUUUGGCUCAGAAUUUUAGUCAGUAUUAUAUUUUUGCUAAUCAAUAUUUUCAUUACUCUUCAAACAAUAAUUUAAAGUUUAAUACAUUUUUUAAAAGUUUAGAUUUGUUAUAUAAAAGUAAAAGGAAAGAUAAUAAAAUGUUGCCUUCAAUACUACCUACUUUUAUUUAAAUAAACCGUUUGUUACACAGAAUAUAUCUGUAUUGAUUUUUCCCAUCAACCUUGCUCAGGAUAAGUAAUCAUCAAAUUCCUGAGAACUGGGUUUGUUUAAACUGUAAAGUUUCAUUAUUGAAAAUACCAAGAAUAAAUAAAUAGCACAAUUUUUUUUUAUUUCAA